UGUAACUACCGUUCAUCUCAAUGUACAGUUUGGAAAGAGUUCAAUUUGAGGACAACGAAGUUCUUCCGGAACUGGAUUGGGGAAACACAGCUCACAAGGAAACAUUUAGUUGACUGUGUCGGGCAUUCUUAUAAUGACCACUAGGUCACUAUUGUUAUAGCCACGUUUUUUGGUUUAGUAAGACUGACCACAAUUAUCGAGCACUUUAUCUAAGAGCAAGAGUAGAUCACAGUCAGUUUUAAAGUCACGAUGCUGAAGGUAAAGGUUCUGCUCUGAGUUGAGUCAGAUGGGGAAUACCCACUCGAAACACUCACCUACAUAGAAGAAAGAAAAGUAAUUACUAAGGGGAAAGGAGGGGGGGGCUGCUGUUUCACCUGUAAACUUACUAUGCACAAGAGAGAUCACUUACGUGGUCUUGUUAAAUUGAAUGACACCUUGUUGUGAUUGAUCCAUAAAAUCUAAGAUUGUUAAAAGAAAAUUUUGUUUUAUGCACAGCGAAAUAACCGGAUUAAAAAGGAAGAUUAAAAACGAGUUGUGUGUCUAUAAAUAGCCUGUGAGUCUCGUGGGUGUUUUCUGCCUUUCUUGCGUCAUUAGAGUGAGUAAGAGUGGUGGGUUAACUCAUCGCCGCGUAGAGCCUACACACUUUAACAUUGGAGUUUGGAGUAUCCGCUGUCUCGGUGUGUGUUGAUGUGGGCCUGACUUUAACAUUGGAGUUUGGAGUAUCCGCUGUCUCGGUGUGUGUUGAUGUGGGCCUGACUUUAACAUUGGAGUUUGGAGUAUACGCUGUCUCGGUGUGUGUUGAUGUGGGCCUGAAUUUGGAUGAAUACGAUGUGUCAGUAAUAUGGUGGUCCAAGUGAGGAACUUAAUAUCCUUACCUGAGUCUUGUCACCUGGGCAAUGACUGUGUGUGAACAUCUUAUAAAUAAUGUACUGCCUGAUAUUAAGGAUUAAUUAUUUGGAAACAUUUCUCUAAUUGGUAUUGACUGGCUUGGUUAAAACGUGUGGGUUUAUACACUGAAUGUUAGCUCGUGUUUUUAAAGAAUGGGAACAAGUUAUGGACUCUUCUAAUGUGAAUGUGUACUGAAAAUUCAUUGGAAUAAUAGAUCUAUGUGCUGACUGAAACUCGGUGCUUGUGUAUUUCCUAUGGAUAUGAUCAACCGAAACAUCUCUCUCUGAUCUAUUUGUAUGACCUGACACAAGUUGUGAGUACUGAAGAAAGAGAACAAGGAUCAAGACUCACUUGUGAUAUAACCUUUCGGUUGACAUGCUGGCACAUAGUGUAUUGUGUGUGAUUAACACACUUUCCACAUAUACGGUAGCCUGAUAUGUGACACAACUGGUACAGAUGUCAGGUUUCAGGGGCGCCUCCCUCGACGAGGACGAGGAUGUGUUUCUUUCGUGUGAGGAGGACGACUGCGGUACUGCAGCGGAAGGCGCCGCUGUGAGUGUCAACGGGGCGCCCAGGGAAGACGUGCCGGGAUUCAGGUGCAGCUCCUGCCAGAGAGUGACAAUCAUGGAUAUUGUCCACACAGGUGUAAUUAUACGGCCAGUAUCCUUGAUACCCAGCCAUGAACUGCCUCAAGAAUCAUCGAUACAGAAAGAUUCAACAAAAAAUACACCACCAGCAGAUGACUCUGAUACAUCAGCAGUAGAAUUGAUACAAGAAAGGCCACCUGCACAAUCAGUUCAAAGCUUAUCAUUAGAAUGCUUAGUUAAAGAAGGGCAGUCUGAUAAAUGGACACACAAAGAAUCACUUAAACAAGAAAUACCACCAGUAGAUUCUACAGACCAUACACCUCUAGUAAAAGAAACACCAUCAGCACACUCUUUACUAGAAACAUCAUCAGAACACACAUUGCUAGAGACAUCAUCAGUACAAGCAACACUGGAAACAUCAUCAGUGCUGUCAGUAGUAGAAACAGCAUCAGUACCACAAGCACUAGAAAGUACAACACCUUUACAAUCAGCUGUAGAAACAGCAUCAGUACCACAAACACUAGAAAGCUCAACACCUGUACAAUCAGUAGUAGAAACAGCACCAGUACCACAAGCACUAGAAAGCUCAGCACCUGUACAAUCAGUAGUAGAAACAGCAUCAGUACCACAAGCUUUAAAAGGCACAACACCUGUACAAUCAGCAUUGGUAGUACAAGAAUAUGUCGUUCAAGAAAUGCCAUCAGUAGAUUCAACACAAGAUACAAGAUCAGUAGAAUCAACACAAAAUACAAUAUCAGUAAAAUCAACACAACAUACAAUAUCAGUUGAAUCAACACAAAAUACAUCAGUAAAAUUAACACAAGAAACAACAUCAGUAGAAUUAACACAAGAAACAACAUCAGUAAAAUCAACACAAGAUACUCCAUCAGUAGAAUUAACACAAGAUACAACAUCAGUAAAAUCAACACAAGAUACAACAUCAGUAAAAUCAAUACAAGAUAUAACAUCAGUAGAAUCAACACAAAACACAACAGUUGUACAUGCAACACCAGAAAUACCCUUAAAACAACCAUCAAAAGUUACAUUAUUACAGCAAUCAACCCCAUUAGUACAGUCCUCAUUAGAAACACCUUCUGUACAAUCAAUGCCAACACUAAAAUCACCCCAUGAAGCAUUAGUAGUACAACCAUCACCUGAAACAGUAGCAUCAACACAAGGUAAUCCACCAAUACCUCUGACACAGCAAACACCAUCAGUUAAAGAAACAAGAACAGUACAAUCAAUGCAAGGAAAUCAACCAUUGAAAUUCAAAAAUGAAACACCACAAAAAGAAUUAACAAAAAUCAUACCACUAGUAAAUUCAAUUCAAGAAAUACCAUCAAAACCAACACAAGAAGUACCACUUGUAGAAAAAAUACCACCAGAAGAAUCACACAAUAAACUGCAAAUACAAACAUCAAAAGAAACUCCACCAGUGCAAAUAAAACCUGAAAGACCAUUAGUACAAUCAAGACAAGAAACACCUAAAAAAAAAUCAAACCAAAAUCUAUCACCAGUACAAUCAACACAAGAUACAACACCAGUACAAUCAACACAAGAUACAACGCCAGUACAAUCAACACAAGAUACAACGCCAGUACAAUCAACACAUGAUACAACACCAUUACAAUCAACACAAGAUACAACACCAUUACAAUCAACACAAGAUACAACACCAUUACAAUCAACACAAGAUACAACACCAUUUCAAUCAACACAAGAUACAACACCAUUACAAUCAACACAAGAUACAACGCCAGUACAAUCAACACAAGAUACAACACCAUUACAAUCAACACAAGAUACAACACCAGUACAAUCAACACAAGAUACAACACCAUUACAAUCAACACAAGAUACAACACCAGUACAAUCAACACAAGAUACAACACCAUUACAAUCAACACAAGAUACAACACCAUUACAAUCAACACAAGAUACAACACCAUUACAAUUAACACAAGAUACAAUGCCAGUACAAUCAACACAAGAUACAACACCAUUACAAUCAACACAAGAUACACCACCAUUACAAUCAACAGAAGAUACAACACCAUUACAAUCAACACAAGAUACACCACCAUUGCAAUCAACACAAGAUACAACGCCAGUACAAUCAACACAAGAUACAACACCAUUACAAUCAACACAAGAUACAACACCAGUACAAUCAACACAAGAUACAACACCAUUACAAUCAACACAAGAUACACCACCAUUACAAUCAACACAAGAUACAACACCAUUACAAUCAACACAAGAUACAACACCAUUGCAAUCAACACAAGAUACAACACCAUUACAAUCAACACAAGAUACACCACCAUUACAAUCAACACAAGAUAUUACACCAUUACAAUCAACACAAGAUACAACAUCAUUACAAUCAACACAAGAUACAACACCAUUACAAUCAACACAAGAUACACCACCAUUACAAUCAACACAAGAUACAACACCAUUUCAAUCAACACAAGAUACAACACCAUUACAAUCAACACAAUAUACAACACCAUUUCAAUCAACACAAGAUACAACACCAUUACAAUCAACACAAGAUACAACACCAUUGCAAUCAACACAAGAUACAACACCAUUACAAUCAACACAAGAUACAACACCAGUACAAUUAACACAAGAUACAACACCAUUACAAUCAACACAAGAUACAACGCCAGUACAAUCAACACAAGAUACAACACCAUUACAAUCAACACAAGAUACAACACCAGUACAAUCAACACAAGAUACAACACCAUUACAAUCAACACAAGAUACAACACCAGUACAAUUAACACAUGAUACAACACCAGUACAAUCAACACAAGAUACAACACCAAUACAAUUAACACAUGAUACAAAAGUAAAAUCAACACAAGAUACAACACCAAUACAAUUAACACAUGAUACAAAAGUAAAAUCAACACAAGAUACAACACCAAUACAAUUAACACAUGAUACAAAAGUAAAAUCUACACAAGAUACAACACCAAUACAAUUAACACAUGAUACAAAAGUAAAAUCUACACAAGAUACAACACCAAUACAAUUAACAUAUGAUACAAAAGUAAAAUCUACACAAGAUACAACACCAUUGCAAUCAACACAUGAUACAAAAGUAAAAUCAACACAAGAAAUACCACCAAUGCAAUCUACACAAGAUAUACUACCAUCAGAAGUGGAAAAAGAUGCAUCAUUGAAAUUUUCUCAAGACACACUAACAUUGGAAUCAUCUGAUGUUACAUCUUCAAAAACACCAUUAUCUCAAGAAUCAACACACAUUGCACCAUUAAAUAUAUCAGCCCAAGACACAAUGUCAAAACUCUCAACUCCAGUAAUUAAUUCAUCAACACAAAACUCAUAUAACAAUGCAUCAACACAAGUGAAAACUAACCUAGAUAAACAAAGCAAACUCAACUAUUCUACUGACACAGAAAGAAAUAACAUUGGUAGUGUUGAUGCAAAUGCGCAAGUCAUUGAAGCAUUUGAUGUUAAAGAUGUGAUGGAUGUCAGAACUGUAAACUUAAAUACGAAAAAUAAACAGAGUUUUGAAUGUGAGCAAAAUUUUACAAAUAUGGACACCUAUUUUUUUACAAAUGAAGCCAAAAUAGUAGACUCGGUGUGUGAUGGUGCAAGUAAUGUUGAUGCUGAGAAAGAUGAAGUUACUGAUCAUGAGUUUUUUGUUGAUGGUUGUGAUGAUAAUAUUGCAGAUGGUGACAAUGCUGACAGCAUUGCUGAGGAUGACAUUGCUGAGGAUAACAAUGGUGAUAACAUUGCUGAUGUUGAAAUUGAUAAUUACAUUUCUGAUUAUGGCCCUGAUGAUAACAUUGUUUACGAUGACAAUGAUGGUGGUAGGAUUGAUGAUGAAGGCGAUAUUGAAGCAACUGUUGAUGAUGAUGAGGAGGAUGAAGAUAGAUUAGAUAAUGAACAAGAAAUAUUUGACCUAGAUGAUCUGAAUAAUGAAGAUACUGAAGGCUUCAUUGACAGUCAUGUUUACCAUCGUGUGGACUUGACUGGUAGAUCUCCAAAGCAAAAGAGAUUGUUUGGUUUAAAGCCUUUAAUUUUAUCUGAAGUGGCUGAGGAAACUGAUGCUGACUAUGACACAAAUGCUCUGGCAUUAGAUCUAAGUCAAAGGGGAAUAAAUCCGGACAUGUAUUUAAUGUCUGGAAAUGUUAGACAAUCAUGGGUGCACCCCAACCUAAAAGUACCUUUCCCAGUGGUUAAAAGUUGUGUGGUAGAUGAUGGCCAGGUGGCCACUGAUAGUGAGGAUGACAAAUGGAGUGUUGAUAGCCUCUGUGAAGAAAGCAUACUGAGCCAGUCUAUAAGCUCAAUGGAAAGCUGUGUUGAGAACAGGACCAUGACGAUGCCUUCCCAUUCUCACAAUGACAAGCUAGAUGACAGCCUGGAUUAUUCUGCAUCUCUGGAUAGGGAGUCCCUUGAUGGGAUGUUUGCUGAUACAGAUUCUGGAUACAUUCACAGUAUCAGUAUGAUGGACAGUCUUAGUAGUUUACAGUUCAGUGAGAUGGAUUAUCAUUCCAUGAAUACGCCACAAACCACAAACUUGGAUGAUCUUAGUUCAAACAAGAGAAAUAGUUCACUUUUGCAGAACUCAUGUAGUUUAAACCAUCCUGAAGUUAGUAUCAGGCCUUUGCAAUGCAAUUUAGGACCUUUGCAGUUUAGUGGUCCAUAUUGCCCAGAGGAUAACCAGUUAACACCAAAAGCAGAUGUCAGUGCCUCCACUACCAACCUAAGUGCACCAUAUCAUACCGAUAUUGAUAACACACCAACGCCCAAUGCUGAUCAUGUUCCAUUUGGCCAGUUGGAUGUAUCAGCCACUCAAACCAUUGGUGGUGGUUUGAAUGUAAGCUCACCAAGUUAUCCAGGUGGUCAGAAAUCUAGUUUGGUUGUUCAUAAAGAGGAUAUUGUUGAUGGCAAGGGUUCUAACUAUUCUAUUAGUUCUAAAACUAGACUAGACACAGAAAGGAUAGAUUCAGUCCAGGCCAAGUUAAGGUCAUCCCUUUUAUGGCUUCUGUCCAAAGUGUAUGGCUGCAAUGUACCUAAAGAACUCCAGGAUCCGUUUUAUCAAACUGCUGAGGGUCAGGUGGUUCUGCGUCCAGUCAUGGUCAACUACAUGUCAUCCAGUGAGCUCUACUGCCAGGCUUGCUGGAACAUGUUCCCAGAGACUCAUACUCAGUGGAAAGGCCACUGGAGCAUCAUACAGGUGUUGUCUAGGAAAGGAAUCUACAUCUCAGAUGAGACUUCAGUUACAGAAACUGUCUUGGUUCAGACUGCACCUAUAAAAUUGAAAGCCCACCUGGCCUUGAUAGAUGCUAUUAUGAGAGCUUAUAUAAAUGAAGUGGCCAGUGUAGAGAAAGUGGUUAUAGCUGUCAAACGUGUCGUAACAUUCCCCGCAUCAAGUGAGCUGCCAAUGACAUCGGAUGAGGCUUUGACUUUUUGGAUUAAUAAAAUUUGUACAGUUCUGCGAAAUCCAGAAGCUGAGGGAGGUUCAAUAGCAGGAGGUGAAACAGCACACAAGGGUCGAGCAGUGAGCAAGCCAGUCGUCCAGCGUGACCCAAUCUAUGUCCCGCUGUUGGAAGAUCUGAUGAGAGAUAUUGGUGAUGGCUGCAGUGUGGCUGCUGUGAUAGCCUACUAUAGACCUCACCUAGUUAACAUACAAGAAUUGUGCCUCAAAGACAAUAUAGGUAUAGCAGACUCACUCUUUAACCUGCGGCAGAUUGGGGAGUUCUGCAGGAAUCAUUUGCCCUGGAAAGCCUUUCACUUGACCUAUGAGGAUCUCCUGUACACCCACGAGUCCAUGAAGGUCAACAUUUUGACAUUUUUGGCUGACCUUUUUUACUGCUUUGAAGGUCCUGGCAGCCCUGAGUCUGAAGCCAGUAGUGCCGCAGCUGCUCUGACUGCUGCAAAAGAAAAAAUUGAUGCCAUGCCAGCUGCUGGUAAAAAGAGCUCUUUAUCCACUGUCCCAAUCAGUGCUGUCACCAAGAAAAGUUUUCAAAGAUUACCAUUUGAGGACACUGCCAGCAAUUUAGGAAUGGCAAGGUCAAAUGUCAUUAGUCCCACAACCCACCAGCCUCUUUUAUCUCGCCGCUCCGGCGGGAAACGCGGAGUCCCUGGGCAAGAUGAAACCAGGCAAUCACCCCCAUUAAACAGACGAGGCCGCAGGACAGUGUCCUUGAGCUCGCCCCAAGAUAGGGAAACAAUUCACAAAUCUGUUUUGGCCUGGCAGGAUGAUCAAAAGAUAACAACACAAAGGUCUCAGAGUCAGAGCAGAGGUAACCUAUUAAACAAUGCCAGCAUUGACUCUUCUUUGAAUCAAAGUAUGAAUGCUGAAAACUUGAGCCUAGACUUGAGUGAACUAGAUAAUCUAGACACACCCAGAAUGACAGGAGGAUUAGAUCCAAACCUCCCAGACUACAUGGAACUCGAGAGUGUCACAUCUGGCCAGCCAUCACGCUUUGCGACACCGCAGCAGGGUACAACAGAUCGCAAUACUAGUCGGACAACACCUAUUCCCAGUGACAACAGGCUGGAGCCACUUACUCCAGCAGUGCUGAGGCCCACCAAGGAAAAGGAUACUAAUUUUACCAAGGCAGAGGAAAGGGGAGACAAGUCUCACAGGAGGAGACAAGUGCCCUCUCCUUCUCUGAGGCCACCAUCACAACAGUCAUCUGCUUAUCAGCAAAACUCAGCUAGAUCUUCUACUGAUGACUUGACCACAGUCAGUAUAAGCUCCUCGUCAGAGGAAACUACAGUGUCAUCUCUGCCUUCUGGUGAAAGUCCGUCUCCAAGAAUGAAUGCAGCUGCACAACUUGGCAAUAAGCCUUAUGAAGCCUUCACCAUAGGACCUGACAUUGAUACUUCCCCCCUUAACUCAGCUAGAAGUAAUGCCAUCAGCACAGCUGGAAGCUAUACUGUCAACAACAGGGUGACAGCUCAGGCAGCCAGGGCCGCUGGGAUACCUGUUGUUGCAGACAGUGCUGACCUGAACCACAACAUGGCCGACAACAGGUCAAGGGAGGGCAGUGUGGCCAGCUCUGGGGAGUACUCAGACCAUGAAUCUCAGAAGAUACACCAGGACCACAAGGUGAGAGAGUCUGGCUCCACUCCUGUGACUCCAAGCAGCGUCAACAUCAAUAACAACAGCACCAUCAAACCAGCUGUGGUGGUGGUGACGGACAAGUUUGGCUCGGCAGAGGAGAGCAAGAUGUUCAUCAAGAUGUCCCCAUCGCAGACCACCAACUUUGCAGAGCUGAAGCGAAUGAAGGACAGUUUGGGUUAUAAAAUUGACAAGGUGGAUAACUCUGCUCUGAUCUACAUGCAGAGUGGCACUCAAGGUGGGCCCUAUGAUAAACUCGGUGUUGGUCAAGGUCUCAAGAGCACCUUUAGUAACCAGUUGACAUCCAAUCAAUCUGAAACAGCUAAAACAUUACAGCAGGGAGUGACAAGCCCUUCUCCUGUCCCAAACAACGCCUCCAAUGCAGAGAGCAAUGGUGGCCCUGAGCCUGGCCCCUCUGACCUGCAGCAGCUUAGACUGAAACUGGAGCAGAAAAGGAAGGAAAUUGAACGGAAGAAACACCAGCAGGAGGCCCAGCAGAAGAAAAUAAGGCAGCGGCUAGGUAAAGCUGCUUUUAUGAGGGUAGUGUCAAAACAUCGUGAGGGCGGAGAAGAGGAUGAGUCUUUAGAAGAAGCUGAAUCUUCUGAACAAGCAGACUCUGUUGCCUUGUCAACACAAGCACAGCUACAGGCUCGUCUUGGCUACCCUGUGCAACGGUUGCCCCUGGGACAAACUGCAAGGACUCAGCCUUUGAUUCCAGCACAUUCAUUGCACAUGGCAGCACAUCAGGGUCAAACCAUUCCACCAGAAACAUCUGCCCAGCGCUUUACAGAUUGGACAAAUAUAUCUAAAGGCAAUCAGCCUGCUCUUGCAUCAAAAACUGACCAGCAGUCAUUGAUGGCUAACUCAUGUCCAAGUGAUUUAGGUUCUGACUCGCAUUCUGUCAAAUCUGUGAACAGGGCUUUUUCAAGGGAAGGAAUUCAACAAACUAUAGAUAAUGUAAAAAAUAAAUGGUUUAAAAGUAACUCUGACCUUAUGUCAGGGGGUCAAGCGUCAGAGGAUGAGGUGGACUCUUACAGGCUUCACAGUCCAAACCUUGUGGGCGGGGCAAGGAGGGAACACAGCCAGUCACCUGUUGUGGCAGGUGGUAGCAAGCCCUUGCCUAUACCUGGAUCAUCACCCCAUGUGCAUGGUGGCGCUUCACCCAGACCCAACACAGAGGACACAGACUACCAAGAGUAUGAUUCCUCGCUGGACAAGCUGAACAACAGUUUGACUGAGCUGCAGGGAGAGAUCAUGAGACUUUCAUUGCAGCAUGAGCAGCUCAAGGCUGCCCAGAGCCCCAUCGCAGGACAACCAGUAGGAUUUGACCCAAGAUUAAGUGAUGCUUUAGAAGCUAUUGGUUCAACAGCUGUGGGUACCUCACCGUUAACCCGGCCAAUUCAUGGCAUACCUCAACAAGCUCCUUACAUCCAUGCUGCCAUGGUUAGAAAGCAGGCUGCAGAUACUCUGAAAUCUAGCCCACAGCAACCCAAUGAUAGUCUGGUAGAUUCUGUCCAAUCUUCACCAGGUCAACCUGUAGCGCAGUCAGAUACAUCUGAUGGAUUCUUUGUUGCAUUUGCAGAGGAUACACACAAAAAGCCAAAGCCCAAAUUGACUACCGAUUCUCAAAAUGCAUCACCAGGCCCCAAGACUGUUCAGGAUGCUCAGGCUGAUUCUUUGUCCCUGACCCCUCAGAAAGUUGAGGAACCUGUGGAAGAAACCUUUCCUGCUGUUGGAUUUAUCUAUAAAGAUGAGGAAGCCAGAACAAAAGAACAGGUCAAUGAAGAUGAGAUGCAGAAGAAGAGGGUCAAGCUGAUUGAGAUGCAGAGGAAAAGGAAGGAAGAGCAGGAGAAAAGAAGACUCGAGAAGGAGGCAGAGAUGGCUAAGAAAAUGGAAGAGAAAAUGUUGAAGGAGGAAGAACAGGAGAAGAAAAAGGCAGAAGAAAAAGCCAGGAGGGAGGUCAUAUUCCAGCAGUAUUUGCAGAAGAAACAAGAGGAUGAGGACCAGUCUCCAGUUUCCAAGCCAAGGAUUAAGAAACGAGAUGGCAGCAGUGGAGGCAAACCUCGGCCAAAAUCUAUGUUUGUCAAAUCAAAGGCUGCAACACCAGAGCCAGGAGCUAUGGGAGGAUUUGAAUCUGGUAGCAGUUCACAAGAAGACCUCACUGGCAGAAAUAAUGGUGGUCGGUCAACUCCCGGUGUCAUGUCUGUCAGCUUCCCAGAACAAGCUAUGAGGUCCACCUACCACUUUAGACUCCCACCUCCAUCCGCUGGAAUAAGGAAAGCAGUGUCUUGCAAUACUUUGCAAGGGUCUCCCAAUGGAGCUCAGGGUCCUGCCACUUACAGGAGGCCUCCCUCACCUGAUCUGUACAAGAUCAAGCAGCAGAGGCAAAGAGGGAACAGCCAAGAUAGUGGCAGUGAAACAGGCUCUGGAUCAAAUCCUGGUUCUGACUAUGCUGGACCAAAGUUGUUUGUCAAGCCAAGUGCUAAGUCCAAUCGUCACAUCAUUAUCAAUGCCCUCUCUCAUUGUUGUCUUGCUGGUUCAGUCAACACAGAGAUGAAAAAUAAAGUCUUAGAUGAGCUGACCAAAUGUGAGGCCAACCAUUUCCUUAUCCUGUUCCGAGAUGCUGGCUGCCAGUACAGGGGGCUGUUCAUUUUCUACCCAGAGACAGAGGAGGCAUUCAAAAUUCAUGGGGUGGGACCAAAACAUAUUACUAAUAAAAUGUGUGAAAAAUUUUACAAGUACAACUCAGGUGCUAAGAGCUUCAUGGAGAUCACAUCUACCAAGCAUUUGUCUGUCUCAGUGGAUGCAGUGGUGUUACAAGGAACGGUCUGGAAAACAAGCAAGGCUGUGGUCAAGCGGUAGACUGCUGUGGUCAACCAGUAGUUGGCUGGGGUCAAAGUCUAGUGUUAUAGGGUUGAUAGUAGUAAGUUGUGGUCCACCAUUUGUUAGCUGUGGUUAAGAGGUUCUCUUGUGAUCUAGUAGAAGUGAUCUAUUAUAGCCAACUUUGUUGUUAUGGUUAAGCUUUGUGUGAAUAUUGUCUUUGGUUGCUUGGUGUGCAUGUAUCAUAAGUGAAAUAAACUGUUCAACAAAGGUCCUGCUGUAACAUCAUAGUAUAAGCUCAGUUUUAAGAGCCAAAUUUCGUUUGAUUUGCUUUUACUUAUAACCUUGAGCAAAGACUUGACUCCCUUGUACAGAUUCAGGAGCACUAAGCCAUAUUUUGUUACCUCCUGUCCUAUGGUGGGGCCUUAAGUCAACCACAGAUGAGAGAAGAACGCUGCUACUCAUCAAUAUCUGGGUCAAUAUUAUCUAUGCCUAUCUUUUUUUUGUUAUCGUCAUGACAUGUUGUGAUAGCCAGAUUGCCCUGGCCUGUCAAUGCCAUUGCCUUUUCUGUGUCCUUUAUUUGCAUUGGGAAGUGCAGCCUUUGCCUCAACAUGUCUUAGAGUCUUUCAACAAAAUUUUUUUUUUCACUGACCUGUACAAAAAUGUUGUCUGCCAUUUUUUUUUUUAUUUUCAACUUUCAUUCAUUGGUUGUAUAUUUCCAUUUUUACUGCAAAUAUAAAAUCAAUAUACUUGUUUGCUAUUUCUGGACACUUUUUUUUUUAAAUUAGCAAAACUUUGUGAAGAUUAAAUUUUUAACUCUGGUUUAAUGUGCUACCUGUUUACAUCUGAUAUUUUUUUGUUUAGAUUGACUCUGUUUUAGCAAUAUGAUGUGUACAUAUCUAUGUGUAUAUAUUUAUAUAUAUAUAUAUAUUUAUUGGUUCUUUUAUAUUCCAGCAUUUGAAUGUCCUGCUCUCUAUGCUGUUCAGUUUUAACAAAUCUCUUUUUUUUUUUUAAAUGGGUCACUGCCAAGGCCGUCCGUUUCUGUUUUUUUUUUUUUUAAAUUAGCUUAUGGACGUAUGUCAAUGUCAGUGUUUAAAGAAAAUGUCAUUCCAGAAUGGAAAGUUUGUAUGAAUAUUAUUAUUUUUUUAACUUUAAUGUCUGGUCUCAAUGUGCCUGUUGCUGGGCUGAUUGUGGUGGACUAGAUGACACCAUGCUUCUCAGCAUGUGGUUUUAAGGGUGAGCUUCUCUAGAAGUGCAGAAAUAUUUACUAGGCAAAGAUUUGGCAGUUAUGUUCUAUGCAUAAGGUUAGGGUUUAAAGUCUUAAAGCCAUAUUGAACACUGGAAAACACCCAUGUUUUCUAUAUAUUAGGAAUAAAUGAAACUAUAUGUUCCAUUCUCUCUUUAGGUCUGGUGAGAAAAUGUGUUCCCUUUGCAACUUCUCAUGUGGCUAAAAAUGUCAAUUCUUGAUACAUAGGUUGGGAAUCUGUAGUCACCAGAUGCUAUUUCUUAGCUCAAUCAUUUUGUCACUUUAACAGAUUGCCUAUUAUUCAUUAAACAGUAGCUUAGUAACUUCCAGGUUGUGCAUCAAACUGAACAUUGGGUAUUUAGGAUAAGUCAAUGUGACCUAUUCAUGAACUUUAUAAAUAUUAAAACAUUUUGUGUAUUUGAAACAAAAAAAAACAAACUUCUGAGUUUAGUUUUUUAGUGACUGUAAUAUUAUGGGAUAAACCUUUUUGCUUUGUUAGUUUGGGGUUCUAACAAUCUGUGCUGCUCAAUCUUUGUUUUCUGGCCAAAUGUUUUCAGGUAAAUGUUUUUGCUCUUCAACAGUUGUUCCCCUUUUUUCCUCUCAAUAUGCAACUUGGAGCACUUUUUUUUUAUCUCAAUGAUGUUUUUUUUCCCCUUUAAUUGUGUAUAUGUAUCAUCACAAUUGGUUCUUUGAUAAUAUUGGUGUAACACCUUCUCAUUCAAACUAUGACAUUUCAUCUGAUAUUCGCAUGAAGAUAUUUCAUUCCUUAUAGGUGCUUCAUUGACUGUGUUAUAGCUGAACUCUUGCCCAAUAAGUUCAGAAGAAAAAGUUGUCAGUUUCUUGAGUCAACAAAAAGUCAUGUAUCUAUUGCACUGAUAUGAGAUCAUUCUUUUCAACAUAGUUAAUGAUUAAAAAAAUAAUUCACUCUUUUUUUAUUGUAUUCAAUUUGCGUGUUAUCAUUUUACAUCUUUUGACAAGCUGCAAGUCAAGGUAACAUUAAAUAUCUUUGUUCUACCCAAGCUAUGACAUUCUAUAGGAAACUGUCUUCACUAUCUGUAGUCAUUUCAAUAUGUUGGAUUAUUAUACAAAUUUCACUUUGAUAUGUUUUUAUUAUUAGACCCAUGACUAUCUUUCUCCUAGUAUCUUCAUAUAGACUCUAUAAAUAGAUCAAAUAGACUUGUCCAAGCACAUAGUAGAAAUAUCAUCAUUUUUGUUCUCAUUUAUCUCCAAUAAGGGCAUUUUUUUUUUUUUCCUAUGGAUUAUUCCCCCUCUAACAGAUGAUUCAUGUAUUUCUCAUGAAAAUGGAAUUAGAUUUUUUUAAAUAGAAUUAUUUUGACCAAACACUUUUGGAUUUAUACUGAAUUCUCAAAAGUGAAUCCCAAAAAUUAUCCUACUGAAUAUUCAAAUCUGGUGAGUCAAAGAAACUGCACAUUUUGCAAAGGUUGAAAAAUCCUAACAUGUUUCCAAGCAUUCUCCCUUCAAAUUGUAUCUGCUAAAUUUAACUAUACUCUUUUUUCCUUGUGCAAGGCAUACAUGAGGUUGAUGAAAACCAAGCAAUUACAUGGCACAAAGGUAUGCAGGGGAAAUGUUCUUACAUUACCCUGUUUUAAAAUUAGCUGUCUUUAUGAUAGAUAUUGGAAUGGUCAGUUGUUUCCUAAGCCAGAGAUUAGCACAAUGACUGUCCACCUGUACCAUCUCAGCUAAUGUCAAGUCCCAAGUAAACAUAUACAGAUCAUGCUAAAACUUAUUUGAAACUCUUUAAGAUCACUUUGAUUCCAAUCUCCUGCUAAGUUUUUGUUGUCUCCUGCAAUUAAUUGUGUGUGUGACAUUGGUAUUCAUCAAGUCUAUUAUUUGUUCUUGUUGGAAUGUUGUUUGAUGAUUUGACCAGCCUUCGGUUUUUCCUUGUUGCUGUGUCUGUUGCUCUAGUGUCUGGCAGAUACAGAGUCAUCCGUGUUACAUGGUGCUAGAUGAAAGAAGGAAAGAAAGUCUGGUUAGGUUUUUUAUUGUUCGUCAUUAAACAUAUCUGGAGGUUUUCAGGUAAUGGUCAGGUCUGUUAGUUUACAUAACCUUCGUGCAGGACCUAAGAGCAGUGAGUUAACAUAUUUUCGCACAUAACCUGCACAUGUGUAUAGCACGCACAAAUUACAACAUUAGUAAAAACAAUAGUACAACCUUCACUGUUAAAUACCCCACAUGUGCAUAGCGUGACUAGACAUAAACUACAGGUACAUAAGGUUGUUCAUCAGAUGUCAGUCCCUCGAGAUGCAAACUAGCUCCAGUAGUUGUACCAACAAGUGAUAUAUAAGGUGGAGCAUGUUGAUGAUUUACAAUCCUACAAUUGUUUAUGAUUUACAAUCCUGCAAUCGUAUCUGUACACAGCGAAUUAUAGGGGCUAUAAUAGUUUCUGUUAUGCUAUGUUUAUAAUAAAUUUUGUAAACCCUGCACCUUUGGGUACUUUGCUCAUCUACCAUUUGUUUGUAAAAACUAGUAUAACCCACUGGUUAAAUACGUGAAAAUAUGGUAAAAUUGUUCUUGUUUGCAUACCAAAUUAAUACAGUGACCACAAUUAGAGAUUCACACCCUUAUUGCAGUUAGUAGAGCUAGUUUAAAGAAUAGAGUUGCUUCCCUUGUGUUAUUACAGGAUCAUGUACUUUCAAAAUAACAAUUUUUGGGCUUUAGUUAAAUAUUAACUGAGUUGUAACUUGUACAUGGCAGAAUAAAAUAUGUUACAGUGAACUGUAGGUAGGGGCUACAUGAUGAACUUAACAAUGUUGUUGUUUUGUUUAAGUUAAUCAUUUUGGGGAAUGUUUUGGUUGAUCAUCAGUAGAAAUGUCAGUCUUCAUGUUCAGCUAAAUAGUUGUCAAUGCUUGUGAAGUGUACAGCUUUGUAGAGCUGCAUAUGGUUGAGAAGUCACUGGACAAAAUAAAUGUUGUUUUUUUUAAACUCAUCCAUGACUUAUUUACAGUGUGUAUGUGUAUGUACAGGUUGGAUCAGUGUAUGUGUAUGUACAGGUUGGAUCUGAGUGUGAAAUUAUUUUUUCUGUGUUCUGUUAUGCUUUGACUAUUAUUUAUUGGUUAAAAGUUGUGUUUGUACAUUUACCACAUUCUUUGCUCCUCCAUCCUGCUGGCACAGUAAAUGCUUCCUGGUUUGUACCCCUCUCUCCCUUCAGCAGUAUCUGUUGCCAAACUUUUUGUUUUGUUUCACAGCCAUCAUGACCAUUAUUUUUGUAUAUUUUAUUUUAUCAUGACACACUAUUCCUUGGUUUUGUAAAUAUUAUAUGACACAACCAACAUACUAUAGAUAUUAUAUUUGUUUCCUGUUGAAUCAUACCAUACAUAGUCUAGCUGCUUGCAUCAUUACAGCAAGUUGAAGCUAGGGAGGAGGGGGCUAUAUUCAAAUGCUAUAAUCUGGUUCUUAACAUCACUACACUAUCACACAUAUUUAUUGUGUGCUAUAUAAAGGGUCAUAGUCGCGCAGUAUAAAUUAUUAAUACUAUUUAUAACUAUCUAUAUCCCUGACAAUAGUUUUGGAAGGGGGAAUAACUACGUUCUCUGUCUUGCUGCCCUUUUUUUUUUAAAGAAAUUACUGUUCUCAUCAUAUCUAGGUUAGUGCAACCACUAAUUUUUAAAAUAUAAUUUUAUAUAUAGUUUUAAUAAAUGUAUUUUGACUCGCAAA